AAUGAGAAGAAAAAAAAAACACCAUGGGAUGAACGAGAUAUUUUGUGUUGUACACCAUAAUAUAUAUACAUUAAUCAACCGACACAUAGUGUAUAUGCGGUUUAUAUCAAUCUACGCACCAUGUAAUAUGUGGUUUAUGCCUCAUAAGUCCAUCACCAUACUUCAACCCUGCAUAAUACAGUUCAUUAUAAACAUAAUCAUACAGGUAGUUAAUCAAAUGGCACCAAGAAAAUUAUAAUCAUCCAUCCAAUUAUCCUUCAAGAUUAAUUUGUUUGACUGAAAUGGCACCCAGAAAGCCUCAUAUUCUCUGUAUUCCUGCUCCAGCACAAGGCCACAUAAAUCCCAUGAUGAAUCUAGCAAAACUCCUUCAUUCUCAUGGCUUUUACAUCACCAUGGUGCUUACAGAGUUCGAUUUUGAUAGACUAUCUUCUUCUUUAGCAGUGGACUCUCCUUCUCUACAAGAGCUUCAUGACUUCAUCUUUGAAACUAUUCCUGACGGUUUGCCACCUGGCCAUACCCGCGGUGUGUUAGACCUCCCGGAAUUGUGUGUUUCUUUGCAAGGGGAACCGAAGAAGGCCUUUCGAGGUCUCCUAAUGAAGCUUCUUGAUUCCCCAGAUAUCCCUUGCAUUACUAGUAUGAUCUCAGAUGGUGCGAUGCCAUUCGCACAUGAAGCAGGCAAAGAAUUGGGUAUACCAGUGUUGUUAUUCUUUACUACAAGUGCUUGUGGUAUGCUAGGGUACAUGUUAUAUGAUGAGCUUGUCAAACGAGGCCUUUUCCCCUUGAAAGAUGAAAGCUGCCUUACAAAUGGGUAUCUUGAGACACCAAUUGACUGGGUUCCAGGACUAAUCAAAGGGACUAAAAUGAAACACCUUCCUACAUUUCUUCGAACAACAGAUUCAAAUGACACAAUGUUCAACUACAUGGCCGAGACAGCGAGAAAAGCAAUAGGUUGCGAAGGCAUGAUAAUGAAUACAUUUGAUGUUCUAGAAGGCAAUGUUUUGGAGGAAAUCAAGACAAAGAUACCCAAUAUCUACACCAUAGGCCCUCUCUCACUUCUCUGCCAACCAGUGAACGUACGAGAACUUCUCCCUCUUAGGUCAGAUUUAUGGCAGGAAGACACUAAUUGCUUAGAAUGGUUAGACAAAAGAGGACCAAAAUCAGUUAUUUAUGUUAAUUAUGGAAGCCUAGCUACAUUAACUCCAGAGCAAUUAGAGGAAUUUGCAUGGGGAUUAGCAGACAGUAAUCUUCCUUUCAUAUGGGUAAUCCGACCCGAUCUUCUUGAAGGUGGGUCAAGUAUUGUAACUGAAGAUUACUUGGAAGAGAUCAAAGAAAGAGGGUUUCUAUCAGGUUGGUGCCCACAAGAGAAGGUACUUCAACACCCUUCAAUUGCCGUGUUUUUGACUCAUUGUGGAUGGAAUUCUACCCUAGAGAGCAUGAGUGAAGGGGUGCCCAUGAUUUGCUGGCCAUUUUUCUCCGAGCAGCAAACAAACUGCUUAUAUGCUUGUCAAGAGUGGAAAGUUGGGGUGGAGAUGGAGGAAGGCGAUGUCAGGAGAGAGAAAGUGGAAGGGUUAGUGAGAGAGAUGAUGAAAGGUGAGAAAGGGAAGGAAUUAAAGAGAAGAGCCAUGGAAUGGAAAUGUAAAGCAGAAGCGGCUACAAGACCUGGUGGUUCGUCUUGCAACAAUUUUGACAAGUUAGUGAAAGACCUCCUAGGAAAGGAAAAUCAUUGUCCGCCUACUUAAAAUUUAACAAAUAUUCGCCUCUUAAGAGCAACUCCAAUGGUGAGCUACACGGUAAACUACAGAGUUUCACAUUGGUUGGCUACAAUACCUUGUAGCUCCAUAUAAUAUUUAAUUUAUUUAUUUGAUCCUAAAUAAAUUAUUCAAUAUCCAUCAAGAUUUUGAGCUACCUGCUCAAAAUAGCUACAA